UCGCAAACCAGGAAGCCCUGUGAUACAACACAGCUGACUGGAUGCAGCUGACCGGUUACAUCCGCCGGACACACGUCAUGUGUGUUACAUUUAUUUAGGUCCCACGUUGCGAGUACCGUUAGCUCAAAUUAGCUUCGGACACAGUUCAUUAUUGUUAUACCGUUUGGCGUUUGAAUCGUAUUCAUACUUUUUAUUGUGAAUAGUUGUUACAGCCAGGAGCUACCAUGGCGAGCCGCGUCUCUUUACACUCGCAGCUCACCUCCAUCAUGGAAACAUUGGCCAUGUCCGCCCUGAAGCAGGUCUGUAAGGUGGUGGAUGAAGACUCUGCGGAGCUCCAUGUGGGGUUCUCUCUGCUCAUGGCGGCGAAUUCAGCCCUGAAAGAGAAAGUCAACAGUCUGGAGUGCGAGCUGGCCACUAUGAGAAGUGUGUUGUGUAAAAGUAAGCGCAGCGUCGGCGUGCAAACUGUCUGCCAUAAGGACGGGGACGCUCAUGUGUCUGGGUCGCCCAUCAUAGAGGGGAUCUUUGGAAAAGAUUGGUGUAUGAAUCUGUGGAAAGACACAGACCCAUGCAGUCUGGGGGGAGACUCACCAAAGUGCUCUGACUCUGUGGAUACACAAUCCAACCAGAUUACUGUAACUGAAAUCAAAGAGGAGGAUUGUGUGGAGGAAGCUGCCAGCAGCUGCCAGCAGGAAACACUUUGUAAAGAAGAUCAUGAAGAAAGCUCAGCAGAGGAACCAGAGUCAGUCGGUAAAUCGGCCCAUGGCAGCACUUGCAGCCUGUCCUUAGAUCAGGAUGGAGAACAGGUUGUGUGUGCAGGGGGUAUGGAAGAACCAAUCAUGAAGCUGACAUCCAUCAAUGACACAGAGGAGGCCUUCAGCACUCUUAAUAUUCCAAUUGAAGAGGAGGACGAUAUACCUCUCCCUGAAGAGAGUCAGCAAGAGCUUAUGAAAAACACUAAAGGUGGUCGCAGAAACUCUGAAAACAUCCCUGCUGUGGCUGAUGAGUUACUUAAUGACUUCAAUAUGUUUAGUGUACAAACUGCCGGAGUUCAAGACAAGGACAUAUUUACGUGCCAAAUAUGUAACAGGACUUUCUUCCACAAGCGCACUCUAACAAUACACAUGAAGUCCCACAAGUCAAACUUUUGCAAUAUUUGUAAGCAGAAUAUAACUCGCAAAUACAAAUGCAAGUCGCACAUCUGCAUACCUCCGGUUCAACCUAACGGAGACGGUAGAUCAUGUGAGUUCUGUGGGAAGACCUUUGCAACCCCAUCAGCUGUGAGGAUUCACAAUCGAGUCCACACUGGAGAGAAACCACACAGGUGUAGUUUUUGUGGAAAAGGGUUCGCCCAGAAAAACAAUCUGACAACUCACCUACGUGUCCAUACUGGAUAUUAACCGGACUGUAUUAUAAUGUAAUAGUUGGCCAACGAACGAAUAUUCGAAUAGUCGAAUAUUCGGGUACAGCCCUAGUAUGUAGACUUGUAGUAUCUAUAGGAGUCUUUAAAAACAAACAAGUAUUAAGCAAGUCACUGUUUAGUGACAAGUGAAGGAGUUCACUUGAAGAUGGAUGGAUGGACUGUUUAGUUAUUUCUGUUUUUACAAUGAAUGUUCAUUUUAUUAAACUUUUAUUUGACAGAACUUUCCUUUUUAAAAUAUGAAUUAUGUUAUGUCUAAUCUAAACUUCACUUCAACUUGAAUAUUCGGUUUUAUCAGUGGUGUCUUGCCAUUUUUUAUUUCGUACUUUUAUAACCUGAAAAGUACACAUCUGAUGCAGCUCUGAGGCAUGCAGUUAGUGAAAAGGGGGGGUAACCGCAGCAUCCGGACUAAUACCGCUGAUGCACUGGUAGAAAGAACAUAAUUGCGAGGCCUGGUCUCCUGAAAAGCAGGUGCAGCCUACAAACAAGAGCAGGGAGGAGGAGACACAUGUUGGCACAGUCAUGCAUUACAAUCAUAAAGCAGAACAACAAAAACAGUUAGCCAAAAGCAAAGCAGCAUGAGCAGAACACUGAGAACACGCUGUGGUGUCUCAUAGCAACGCGGUGCAAAUCAUUUAUGACUGGAUCAUUUAUUAAUCGCUGUUAAAGCAUAAACAGUUAGAAUGCUUUAGUAAGUUUUGCUUUAACUUUAAUAAAAUGAUCCUGUGAGGAUAAUAAGUUAAUUUGAAGCAGACUCAGUGUCAGGGUUAGGGAAAAAUAGGACCCAAAUGCAGUAAAAGGACUAAAAGGUCAGGUAACAAAAAGCGAGCUUUAUUUUCCUGAAUGACAAAAGAAAACAAGAAACAACUUAACCAAAACCGGGGGAGUACGAGGAAGGAUCAGGACAAAAGACCUCAGGAACAAACAUGGAGCAUGGACAAGAGCAAAGAGACUAACAGGUAUCAUAGACGAGAAACGACGACGAACAGACAUGGAGCACAGGGGAAAACACGACUAAAUACACAGAAGGGUAAUCACGGGACAAGACACAUAUGGGCAGGGGAGGCAGAAACCCAAGGGCAGCAGGUGAACACAAUCAGACACUCCAGGGAAACUAAAGACAGGAAGUAGGACCAGACAAGACACAAGGAGGAAAACAUUUCAAAAUUAAAGGUGGAAAAUGAAAACAACAAUCCAAAACCAUGACACUCAGUCCAGUAUGCAGCUGUGAAAGGGUCUCCAUCCUUUAAUAUCUGAGCAGAGGCCUUUUUCACAGACACAUGUAGUUCAGCUGUCGCUGGACUCCACUCAGGUUUUCACAGAGCUGAAACUCAAUCCCAUCUACAAUCAGAGAGCAGACUACGUUUAGUUUAUUUAAAUCCCAACUCAAAACAUGGUUAGUGAGGAAUCAGCUCUGAAACACUGACACAAUCUUCUGCUCCUUACAACCCAAUGUCUGUGUUUUAACAUGUUCUUUUGUUUUGUUUAUUUGUUUUGUUUUAUUGUUCUGUCUUUUUAUUUAAGUAUUCCAGUAAUGUAUGUUGCAUGUUUUAAUUUGAUUGUAUUUACUUGUUUAAAGUAAAUGUGUUUUAGGUUGACUUAUAAUAUCUGUCCAGGGACAACAGAUGAAAAAUAGCCUCUUGGCUAACCUCUGGCACAUUUACAGGAAUGUUAAUUAAUGUGCACUGUCCUGUCCCUGUUAAACAAAUGAAUAAAUAAAUAAAAAUAA